CGCAAUUUUACUUGGAGGCAGAUGCAGUGGUUCCAGUCAGCUGGGAGUCUAAUCUUAUCAUGACAAACAAGUAAUGAAAGGCAAAAAACGCCUCGACGAUGGAGGGAAUUUUGUACAAGUGGACCAAUUACAUUAGCGGAUGGCAGCCUCGCUGGUUUGUGCUUGAAGGAGGAACUUUGUCUUACUAUGACUCUCAAGAGGAUGCUUGGAAAGGCUGCAAGGGGAGCAUUAAAAUCUCUGUUUGUGAAAUUCAAGUUCAUUCGUCCGACUCCACACGGCUCGACCUGACCAUACCAAGUGAACAGUACUUCUACCUGAGAGCCAUCAAUGCAGCAGAGAGGCAAAAAUGGCUGGUGGCUCUUGGAACUGCCAAAGCUUGCCUGACGGACAACCGAACAAAAAGAGAGAAGGAACUCCAAGAGAACACAGAAGCAUUAAAGACAAAGAUGUCCGAACUCAGGUUGUACUGUGACCUUCUUCUUCAACAAGUUAACAAAAUGAAGGACGACGACAACGAGCCCGAUGUCGCAGGAGAGACUGGUCUAGACACGAGUGACAUGGUGAAAUCGACAUGCACCACUUUCCUCAAGACACUAGAGGAGUGCAUGCAGAUAGCAAAUCGUACUUUUAUGCCAGAUGCGUCCAAGCAGAGCCCACCGGCGUCGCCCCCCGUAGCUGCUAUCAAACCUCAGAAGAUUAAACAUGUCAGCCAGUUAAAUCACCACCUUGGAGAAAAGUGGCAAGAUUUACCAGAAACAAACGUGAUGUCACAUGAAACCCGCAGCCUUGAUGCUGACGCGGAAGGACCAGAUGAACCAGAUGGACCGGAACGUCAGUCUUUUGCAUCAACCAAUGGCGACAACGCCAACCAAGUGGAGAAUGUCGCUCCUCUUCCUCCCGUAUCCCAGAAUGCCGCUCAGCCUGAAGUCACCGCACCGACCGAUGGACAUAAAGAGCAAAAUGAAACACACAAAAGGGACAAUGAUGUGCCUCGACGGGAAGAGGUUUCUACUGAAGAAGAGGCCGAGUGCGAAGACGAGAUUUUCAAAGAUUCUGCAGAGCCAGAUGAGCCAGUGGAAACUUUUUUCAGCACAAUGAGUCACAGAUUUAGUGAUAUAGAGCUGGAUGACGACAAUGGCAUCCCCACGCAAGAGUUUUUGGACUCAUGCUAUGCAAUAGUGCCUGUAUUAGACAAACUCGGCCCAACUGUCUUUGCACCUGUCAAAAUGGACUUUUUGGGAAACAUCAAGAAAAUCAACCAGAAGCUGAUGUCAGACCCUGCCAGCUUCCCAACGCUGCAGUCCAUCGUGCUGCACGAGCUACGCGACGAGGUGGCUCAGGUACGCAACUCUGCCACCGAAGCGCUGCUGUGGCUGAAGCGAGGCCUCAAGUUCCUCAAGGAGUUUCUGUCGCAGGUCAACGCGGGGGAACAAAACAUCCACUCAGCCCUCAAUCACGCUUACGGCAAGACUCUUCGCCAGUAUCACGGAUGGGUGGUCCGAGGAGUCUUUGCGUUGGCGCUACGAGCCGCUCCGACCUACGAAGGCUUUACGGCUGCCUUGGUGUCGAUGGAAGGCCACGAGCGGAAGAGCAGCUUUGUCACCAGCAUGCACAGAGACCUCGGCAUCUACCUGCCCGCCAUGGACAGACAUCUGGCCAUACUGGACGCCCUCUACGAGGAAUAUAAUCUGGAGUCGGACGAGGUGGUCUAAAACAAAAGCACAGAAGCAGAAAUAGGGUUGGGCAUCGUUUUAAUUUGAACGAUUCAGAUUCCACGUUUUGAUUCCGGUUCCAAACGAUUCUCAAUACCUAAUCUUUAAUAGGCAGGGUAAAAAAAAUUGCAUUGUUUAAAUUCAUUUCUUAACUUCUAGGUUUUUUUUUUUUUUUUUUUUUAAUUAUAUGAACUUUCAAUUAACUGUGAAUUUCUCACAGGCCUAUUUUUAACUUGUGUAUAACAAUCAGUCUUUGAACUUGAAUAUGAUGAAGUUUCUUUCCAGAGGAGUGCACUUUGACAAAGAUGUUUAUUUUUCAAAAGCUCGCGGAGAAAAAAAAAACAUUUACACAUUUGCCUAUGUUUUAGAGUGUCUUAUGCUGGAGGCAUUUUUACAUGUUAGUGAACUCCCACUAAUGGGCUAACCUGGUGCAGAAUAUGAAACAAACAAACAAAAAAACACUUGUAAAACACAGUCCAGAUUAGCGGCGGAUACAGUAUAAAAUCGAAAACCUUUUUUUUUUAGGAAAGUGAUCAUAGCUGCCUUCCCAGGCAGUAAGCAUGAGCGUUUUGGACAGAUAGUGUCUCCUGCAGUGGAGGACACACGUUCACUGGGUGUAGAUGAAGCUUGAACACAUAAAUAUGAGAAAGAGAGAAAAAGUCGCAAAUAUUUCGUAGGAGUAAGGUAGCUUUAAGCCACGCACUUUAGAUACAUGUACCUUAGUUGGGAGCUACGACGAAGCCUUAGUAUAAAUUCUUCUAUUGAUUAUAUUUGGAUGUACAGUCCCUGACAAAAGUCUUGUCACUUAUCCAUUUUGUAGAAACAAUUGCUAAUAAUCUGACUUUUAAUUAUUCAAUUGGCUAAAGCAAAAGCUAAGACCCUACCAAAUGAUGUUGAAUGUACAAAAAUAUAUUUGUUUCACUGAAAAAAGAUUUAUCAUUUAAUGAAGACAUAAAGGUCAAAUUUGGGCAAGUUUUGUCGCCUACAGAAAGUAGUGUGAAAAUUGAACAAAAAAUGUACUUCAAAUACAAAAAUAUGUUACAGAACUAGGGCUGUCAAACAUUUAAAAUUUUUAAUGAAGUUAAUCACAGCUUAAAAAUUAAUUAAUCGUAUUUAAUCACAAUUCAAACCAUCUAUAAAAUAUGCCAUAAUUUUCUGUAAAUUAUUGUUGGAAUGGAAAGAUAAGACACAAGACGGAUAUAUACUUUCAACAUACUGUACGUAAGUACUGUAUUUGUUUAUUCUAACAAUAAAUCAAGAUGGCAUUAAUAUUAUUAACAUUCUGUUAAAGCGAUCCAUGGAUGGAAAGACUUGUAGUUCUUAAAAGAUAAAUGUUGGUACAAGUUAUAGAAAUUUUAUAUUAAAAUCCCUAUUAAUGUUUUUGUUUUAAUAAAAUUUGUAAAAUUUUCAAUCAAAAAAUAAACUAGUAGGUCGCCAUUGUUGAUAUCAAUAAUUACACAAUGCUCAUGGUGCUUAAACCCAUAAAAUCAGUCGCACCAAAGCGCCAGCAGAGGGAGACAAAAAACACAAGUAACAAGUGGUCAUGACACUGUGCUGUCAUAUUAAUCUGUUUGAGCGGGGCAUGUGCGUUAAUUGCGUCAAAUAUUUUAAUGUGAUUGAUUUUAAAAAAUUAAUUACCGCCCGUUAACGCCCAAAUUUUGACAGCCCUAUACACAACAUAAGCGAAUUAAGUAGUGGUGCUGUGAGAUCCGAAUUUAAUAUUUUGUAUGACUUCCAUGGGCUUGAAGGAUUGCAUCCAUGCGGUUCGGCAAGGAUUCAUACAAUUUAUUGAUGAAGUCAUCACGAACAUCAAAGAAAGAAGUCUUGCAUGCCUCCCAGAGUUCAUCAACAUUCUUGGGUUUCGCCUUCCAUGCUUCCUCUUUAAUCCCACCCCAGACCUGCUUAAUGAUGUUCAUGUCUGGUGACUGGGCUGGCCAGUCCUGGAGGAUCUUGUUCUUUGCCUUGAGGAACUUUGAAGUAGAGAUUGAAGUAUGCGAAGGAGCACCAUCCUGCUGCAGAAUUUGUCCCUUUUUAUGGUUUGGAAUGUCAGAGGCAGCUAAGAUUUGUUAUUUGAGACUAUUUAUGUUGCUUUCCACGCUGCAGACCAUGAUUUUGCCACCACCAAACUUCACUGUUUUGUGGCAAAAGGUGGAUUUUUCAGAUGAAUCUUCCAUUAAUUUACACCACAGUCGCCACAAAUAUUGCAGGACACCUACUGGAGCCCGCAUGGCUCUGAGAUUCACUAAGACAAAAAACAAAACUUUUAAUACUGUUGAUUUUAACGGAGGCGGCAACGGGCUACGUAAAGUAUGUAGUUGCCUAUAUAGCUACAUUAGCCCGACGUAAUAACAUGACUUAUUCAUCCAUCCAUCCAUCGGGGCCGCAGAAGACAGACGUAAUUUAUUGUUUUACUUACCUGGUUCUGACUGGUUAGAGGACCGGUGCACCGUGUCAAAUACGCGGCACUCAGCUAUGCACUACUCGGGAGUCAGCACUUGUAUUCCAUGAAGCCGGAGGCGUUUAAUCAUAUUGGUCGUGCAGCCACCUUUGCAUGAUAUAGCAGUGUUGCAAAUGUUGCACUGAGCUGACUUGUCAUUUUUCUUUGAGAAACUGAGCCAAAUUUUUGAGCGGCGCCGCACCGUGUCCAUGGUUGAAAUCAAGUUGCAAUGCACAAAGACACGCUUCAAGUGGCUGCUUCGUCAUGGUGUUCGGCAGCUAUUUUUUUCCAAUCAGCGGACAGGGCACCGAAACAUGGAAUUGAAAUUUUAAAAUUCAAACGGUUCCGGGAUCAUCGGAGUGUUAGUCCCGGAUCCCAUCGAUGCUCGAUGCCCAACCCCUACACAGGAAGGAGCCAGAUGCUUUUUCAGCGGGGAAGUUACAAGACAAAGUCUGCACUUUCAGCGUCAAUGUAAUGUCGUUUUCUGUGGAAAUCGUAUGUACUUCAAAAGUACAUAAGGUCACUGCAAGGAAAACAACUUUAUUUCUGAGUGUGAAAUCAAAUGACAGAAUGUUUAUUAACACGCCCAGAAAAUGAGAAAUAAAAAAGUUUCAGUAUUUCUAAUACAAAGGUAACUAAUUGAUUUGCCAAAUGGACUUUUUCUAAUUAACUUGCUAAUGUUGCACUACAUAUGUUUAGUGAUAAAAAUCUCAAAUGUCCAUUUGUAUUUUGAUUCUUAAGAGGGACCAACAAGAGUGGAUUCAGCACACAACACUGGAGAAGUAAAUAAAUAUUCGCCUACAAACAUACUGGCAUCUUAACAACCCAAGGCAUUUUUUAAUGUUUAUUUAUUUUGUCUAAGUUAUUAUAAUGUUAUUGGAUGCAUCUCAUUGGUAUCUUUAGAGGUACAUUCGUAUGGGGACUGCCUUGAAUGAACUGAUUCAAUAACACUAUUUGACAUAGUGCGAUCUUAUCCAUCCAUUCAUCCACGUGUGUUGUAUUAAUACUUUUAUCUGUUUAUCUGUGUGGUAACUUAUUACUUUAGAGCCAGUCAGAAAUCUUUUUUUUUUUUUUUUUUUUUUUUA